AUGGAUAUCGCAUUCAGCACCAUCGAACUUAAGGAUGAUACCAUCAUCGUGGUACUAGGCGCUUCUGGCGACCUGGCCAAGAAGAAGACUUUCCCUGCACUAUUCGGCCUCUUCCGUAACAAGUUCCUCCCCAAGGACAUUCAGAUCGUCGGAUAUGCGCGGACAAAGAUGGACCACGAGGAAUACCUGAAGCGCGUUCGCUCUUACAUCAAGGUCCCCACAAAGGAAAUCGAGGAGCAAUUAGACCAGUUCUGCAAGAUGUGCACCUACGUUUCCGGUCAAUACGAUGAGGAUGACUCCUUCAUCAACCUUAACAAGCACCUCGAGAGCAUUGAGCAGGGUCGCCAAGGAAAGGAGCAGAACCGUGUCUUCUACAUGGCCCUGCCCCCCAGUGUCUUCAUUACCGUCUCCGAGCAGCUGAAGCGCAACUGCUACCCCAAGAGCGGUCUGGCCCGUAUUAUUGUCGAGAAGCCCUUCGGUAAGGACCUUCAGAGCUCGCGUGACCUGCAGAAGGCUCUGGACCCCAACUGGAAGGAGGAGGAGAUCUUCCGUAUCGAUCACUACCUCGGCAAGGAGAUGGUUAAGAACAUUCUGAUCCUGCGAUUCGGCAACGAGUUCUUCAACGCUACAUGGAACCGCCACCACAUCGACAACGUUCAGAUCACAUUCAAGGAGCCUUUCGGCACUGAGGGCCGUGGUGGUUACUUCGAUGAGUUCGGUAUCAUCCGUGAUGUCAUGCAAAACCACCUUCUGCAGGUUCUCACAUUGCUCGCCAUGGAGCGCCCCAUCUCCUUCUCCUCCGAGGACAUUCGCGACGAAAAGGUCCGUGUUCUCCGCGCCAUGGGUGCCAUCGAGCCCAAGAACGUCAUCAUUGGCCAGUACGGCCGCUCCCUCGACGGCAGCAAGCCCGGCUACCUAGAGGACGACACUGUGCCCAAGGAGUCUCGUUGCCCCACCUUCUGCGCGCUGGUUGCCUACAUUAAGAACGAGCGCUGGGACGGCGUGCCCUUCAUUCUCAAGGCCGGUAAGGCCCUGAACGAGCAGAAGACCGAGGUUCGCAUCCAGUUCAAGGACGUCACCUCCGGUAUCUUCAAGGACAUUCCCCGCAACGAGCUUGUCAUCCGUGUCCAGCCCAACGAGUCCGUCUACAUCAAGAUGAACUCCAAGUUGCCCGGUCUGUCCAUGCAGACGGUGGUUACCGAGCUGGACUUGACUUACCGCCGCCGCUUCUCCGACCUCAAGAUCCCCGAGGCUUACGAGUCUCUGAUCCUGGAUGCCUUCAAGGGUGACCACUCCAACUUCGUCCGUGAUGACGAGUUGGAUGCCAGCUGGCGCAUCUUCACUCCCCUCCUUCACUACCUGGAUGAUAACAAGGAGAUCAUCCCUAUGGAAUACCCCUACGGCUCCCGCGGCCCCGCUGUCCUCGAUGACUUCACUGCCUCAUACGGCUACAAGUUCAGUGAUGCGGCUGGCUACCAGUGGCCCGUCACAACCUCGGCCCCCAACCGGCUGUAA